UAGGCUAUAAAACUGCGUAUUCGGAGUAUUCUUAUAAUUCUGACUGAAAAGUUUAACGUUAUAAAAAUUUGUUGAUUUUUUUAAUUGUUGUUUUUUUUAAUUUUAUACAGGAUUUGCUACGUUGAGUUAUAUAGUUUUGUUGUAAUUAUUGUUAAAGCUAAAGCGCAUUUGAGAAUUUUGCACUAAAAUGUCCUUCCUUUCGCCAUCGCUGAGAUUGGAGAACCUACCGAACGAACCAAUUAUGACACUCGACCACAUACCGGAAGAAAAGCGUUACAACAAAAAUAAUAUAGUGGCCAAGUGGUGUGCACCAAUAAAUGGAAAAAUGUAUCGUAUCGAGCUAGAACAUGGAACUACCACGGGUCGACGCAUGAUAUGGGUUAACGGGAAGGAAGUCUUGCGCCGCGAUUGGAUGUUCAAACUGGUUGGCGAAGAUUCAUUUUACAUAGACCAGGCGCGUUGCAUUAUACGCGUAGAUCCGGCACCUGGUUUCAGAUAUGACUACUCACUAUAUAUCGACGGCAAGCCGCAUGAACAGUACACCGACGAGCUGACCAAACAUUAUCGCCUGUGGCUGGUCACCGUCGAUGAUAUCGACUAUCGCAUAAUGUUGGAAUUGGACACGAUCAAUUUGUACGUGAACGAUCAGCUGAGAGGAGAAACGGGCGAAUUCGUUGAUGGUGGUACGGAUACCAAGUUUAACGAGAAUGGCAUCGAUUUCGUAUUGCAGGCGCGUUCAAGUGGCAAUAAAUUGGAUGGAUUGACGCACACUCUACUAGCGAAUGGUGAAGUCGUACCUGAGGCUAAGAUAUUGGAAAUUAUGCAAGAGCGCAUCUCAAUCUUAUCGCCAACUUAAAGUUGAUUUUAUUAUUUUAUGUCUAAGUUAAAAAAUUAUAUGAACGGAGAAGUUCUCGCAAUGUGCUGAAAAUGUAUGAGUUUUAAUUAAAAGUGAGUGAUAUGUAUAAAUAAAUUGUGAAUAGGCACUGCAAA